AUGGCUACGGAUAUAAUCAAAGGUGUGGACCAAGUGUCUGUUGGUGAAGUGUACGUGUCGGAGAAAUGUGGCAAUGACCAGGAUGGAGAUGGAUCUGAGCAGAAACCCUUCAAGACGCCUCUCAAAGCUCUGCUCUUCAUCGGCAAAGAACCAUUCCCUACAAUCUACGUAGAUUCGCAGAAGGAGGAGGAGCGUUGGGCGGUGAUCUCCAAGACACAGAUGAAGAAUGCAAAGAAAGCUUUCAACCGUGAACAGGCCAAGACUGACUCCAAAGAAAAGAAGGAGGCAGAAGACAAUGAGAGAAGAGAGAAAAACUUAGAAGAAGCCAAGAAAAUAAUUGUUCAAAAGGACCCCAGUUUGCCUGAUCCAGAAACGGUAAAAAUCCAUCAACUCGAAACAAAGAGAGGUCAGAGAGUCAAAGUGUUUGGAUGGGUUCAUCGUCUUAGGAGACAAGGGAAAAAUUUGAUGUUCAUUGUGCUGAGAGAUGGAACCGGUUUCCUGCAGUGUGUCCUUUCUGAUAAAUUGUGCCAGUGCUAUAAUGGCUUAAUGUUGUCAACGGAAAGCAGUGUUGCUCUUUAUGGCGUUGUGACUCCAGUUCCUGCUGGUAAACAGGCACCAGGAGGCCACGAGCUACACUGCGACUUCUGGGAACUGAUCGGCCUUGCGCCAGCUGGCGGGGCUGACAACCUCCUGAACGAAGAGUCUGAUGUGGAUGUCCAGCUUAACAACAGGCACAUGAUGAUCAGAGGAGAGAAUGUGUCCAAGGUCCUCAGAGUCCGAUCUCUGGUAACGCAGUGCUUCAGGGACCACUUCUUCAGCCGAGGUUACCAUGAGGUUUUUCCUCCUACUUUGGUGCAGACUCAGGUGGAGGGCGGCUCCACACUGUUUAACCUCAACUACUUUGGCGAGCAGGCUUAUUUGACUCAGUCAUCACAGCUUUACCUGGAGACAUGCAUACCUGCGUUAGGCGAUAGCUUCUGCAUUGCUCAGUCCUACCGAGCUGAGCAGUCUCGCACCCGCAGACACCUUUCAGAGUACACUCACGUUGAAGCUGAAUGUCCUUUCAUUACCUUUGACGACUUGCUCAACAGACUGGAGGACUUAGUGUGUGAUGUUGUUGAUCGAGUAUUAAAAUCCCCUGCUGGGCAACUACUCUAUGACAUCAACCCGGGCUUCAAACCCCCUAAAAGGCCUUUCAAGAGGAUGAACUACACUGAUGCCAUUGCGUGGCUCAAAGAACAUGACAUUAAGAAGGAUGAUGGCACCUACUAUGAGUUUGGAGAGGACAUCCCCGAGGCUCCUGAGAGGUUGAUGACAGACACCAUCAAUGAAACCAUUCUGCUUUGUCGUUUCCCAGCUGAGAUCAAAUCAUUCUACAUGCAGCGCUGCCCUGAGGACAGGCGGCUGACAGAAUCUGUUGAUGUUUUGAUGCCAAAUGUGGGUGAGAUUGUUGGAGGAUCAAUGCGUAUCUGGGACGCUGAGGAGCUGCUUGAGGGUUACAAGAGAGAGGGCAUCGACCCAACCCCAUACUACUGGUACAAUGAUCAGAGGAAGUAUGGCACGUGUCCUCACGGUGGUUACGGCCUUGGUCUUGAGCGUUUCCUCACCUGGCUACUGAACAGACACCACAUAAGAGACGUCUGCCUUUACCCAAGAUUCAUCCAGCGUUGCCGGCCCUAA